AUGUUUUUAUCAAACAGGAGAAAAUCGACUUCUGCAAAAUCUGCUAUAACUCCUCAACCACGAAAUGACUGUCCUUCCGCAAAAACAAUAACCACCACUACUACUAAAAUUCCUACUUUAAAUGUUCCUAAACAAGAUCAGAUAACUGACGAAACAAAACUAUUAAGCCCUACAACUUCGACUGAAGAUGUGUGUAAUACCCAGAACGUUUGUAAUUCAUCAACCUUACAACCAAUUGUGCCAUCUUCUAUCAAGGAUCCAAUGAAAGGAAAUUAUAAUUCAUUAUAUACUUACCAUAAUAAUAUGUAUGACUCUCGCCCUCUAAUUAAUAUUGUUCCUGCAAAAUCUUCGUCUGUAUAUGAUGUAAAGAAGUCGAUUGAUGAUGAUAAUAUUCUUGGUCCCCCAAUUAUUGAUAUACUUCCUACUAAAUCUUCGUUGCCAGUAAACAUUAACCAGUCAAACCAUGAUGAAUCUUUAAUAUCUGUUCCUCAUAUUUUGUCAAAUUCUUCGUCUUCAAAUGUUCCAAUUGCCAUUUUUUCUCCUAUAAAACCUCCUGUAUCUUCACUCCUAGAAAAUAAAUUUCGACGUAAUAGAAGUUCAACUAUAGUUAAUGCUAAUUCUUCACCGAAGCCCAAAAGUUCUGUUGUCGGAAACUCUGUAUCCGCCAUCGAUAGUGAAGACACUACCUGUACGAAACAACCUCGAAAACGUCAACUUAAACGUAUGGGAUCUGCUCCUACUCUAAACAUUCCUUUUAUGCCUGUGACUAAGAAUUUAAAUAAAAUUUCUUCGACAAAGUCGAUGACAAAUUUGAAUGGACUCGAAGCAAAAUCUGAUAGUGAAACUCCAAAACAAUAUCUUGAAAGAAUGAUGUAUAGUAUUUCGAAAUCAAAGUUGGUUACUAUACUAGCUCAAAAAGCCGAUGCAUUUCAUCAAUCUGCUCUUAAAGCUUACAUGGAAUCUUUUGAAUUUGAAAAAGUUCCUAUUGAUCUUGCCUUAAGGAAACUUUUAAUGGAUUGCAAUUUACCAAAAGAAACUCAACAAAUUGAUCGUGUUAUAGAAGCAUUUGCGAAAAGAUACCAUGAAUCAAAUCCUGAUUUAUUUCCUUCUGCUGAUACUUCUUAUAUUCUUGCAUUCUCUUUAUUGAUGCUUCACACAGAUGCUUACAAUAAAAGUGUGAGGAGAAAGAUGACAAAAGAAGAAUUUGUCAAGAAUACACGUAUUGAUGGUGUUAAUCCAGAAAUCUUAGAGAUCCUUUAUGAUAAUAUCAUUUUUGCUCAAUUUAUAUAUGCUCAAGAUGAUACUGAUGUUAAUGGACAGACCAUGCUUGAAUCUCCGACACGACAUCGUCAAAUGAAAUUUUUCCCCUCCAAGGAACGAAGGAAGUCUACGCGCCCCAAGAAUGAUCCUUAUUGGGUUAUACAAACUAAAUUACCAACUGAAUUUAAACCCAAAAUUAAAGAUAUCAUCCCUAUAGAAAAUCCAUAUUCCUAUAUGGGAACCCUUCCAGCUUUAGAUAUUGCUGAUCUUCAUCGUGCAUUCUCUGCGCCUCACACGAUUAGAAUCACGGGUGUUCAAAACAGGCGUAAAAGUCAUGCUUUUAAAAACACUUCUGGUUCUCUUCAAUCAACAAAUGAAGACGGAACUUUUCUUUUAAAGAUAACUAAAAGUGGUAAACUUGGAAGGAAGGUUGAUUUAAUAGAUGGUAAAAAGAAAACUGGUUUCAUAAGAAGUUGGAGAAUAUAUGGUGUCAUAUUGAGUGGUA